GGAGAAGGAGAAAUACCGUAAGAGGAGGAGUUAGGAGUUGCAAAGGUGGAAGGAGAUGGAGCACACUCCGGGGCAAGAAGGAACUGGGAGAUCUCCGCCUCCCGGGCCGGUAGAAGAAAGAGAUUAUUGGGAGGAUGAAGAUAGUAGGAUCAGAAGUCUCUUGACGAUGUGUUUUGACGAUGGGGUCUACCCCACAGAGAUAGAUCCGGGGGAGAUGGUGGUUCAAGGAAGGGAGCUGCGCUUCAAACUCAACACCUCUUUAGACGAGAUUAAAGUCAAGUGGCUCAAGGAGCACACUGUGACGGUAAUCUACAAGGAAGCGGCUAGAUUCCUGGCUAAACACAUCAAAGAUGACUUGGUUCGCGCGUUUGAAGAUGGCUGGAUCAUCGGCAACUCCAACUUGCAGGAGAACACUCGGAGGGGGAGAUUGAAGAUAGAGGGACCAGGUGUAGCAUCCUACGUGGCAAAAGCAAGAGAGGUGGCGGAGUACAUGAAGACAGAGGGGCAAGUGGAAGUAACCCUUGGAGCGGACACAUAUAGAAUUCUAUUUAAACCCUGGAUGACCAGGACGGAGUUCAGAGAGUUAAGAAGGCAAGAGGAGGACAAGAUGUUCUGGGUAAUGGCCUUGCAAGUGCCUCUGUAUGAUAUGCCAUUCAUCUACGCACAGAUCGAAAGAGCAAUUGAAAAGAUAAUCCUGGCGCAUCCGACUGACGCAGACCCAUCGAGACCGGCGCUGGUCAACGCGAGGUUUGACUUGGAGCUGGAAGCGAGACCCAAUAUGAAGGACGUCUUAUGGGUUGAUACUGCGAAAGGAGAUGUGCUGGAGAUCAAGCUGGCAAGCGCUGAAUCACUGAAGUGUAGAAAGUGUAUGGUAGGGGGGACACAUGCUGAACAGCUCCCCGGAGGUCAAAAUAUCGGUGGCGGGUUGGGAUACCUGGGUAUACCGCAGCUGGUAGGGGGCCAGAAUGGCCAAACGACGAUGUGGCAAGGAGGCGCUGUAGCGGAUUGGAUGUUAGCCAACGGUGUACACCCGGCGGUCUGGCAAGGUAUGCUUGGGGGACUGGGUAUGAUCCUGGCGCAAGGGCAGGGAGGAGCAGGAGUGCAACAAGGUUGGGGAUGUCCCUCGGGGAUACCGAAUCCGCAAGGGGACCAACAGCAAUCGAUGGGUUCACGCCUGCCUCUGCGCCCUCAGCCGCUGUUCGGAGCAAGACCGGAGGAUGAGGCCGGACGAAGUAGGCAGGAGGAUCGAAGAGCGGAAUCCUCACAUGGAAGAUCGAAGUCUCGCACACCUGGUAAGCAACGGCGACUCAUCACAGCAUCUCAAUUAGAGCUUACGCCGGAGCCCUCGGGGGAAUCAAGACUGUCGAGAAGUGGCUCGGAGAAGUCGAUAGCUUAGGGGGGAGGUCUGGGGACUCCAGGCCAGAAAACAACGAGAGACCGAUGCCUUGCCACGGUGAAAGGUCAAAACACGG